AUGGGAUCAACAACCAAUUCUCUCGUGCUAGAACCAGCAACAAUCGAAGACGUCCCCGCCAUCACCGAGAUAUGGUUCGCUUCCUUCACACAGCCGUUGAUCAGGCAAAUCUUCCCCAACACUCCCGGCAUGCACCAAUGGCAUCGGGAUUGGCACAUGGCGGACAUUCAGAAGUCCCACUACAGGUACCUGCGAGUAGUUGACACCGAAGCAAAAGAUAAACAAGGCCGACCGCGGCUAGUUGCCUUUGGCAAAUGGGACCUGGCCAUGCCGGAUGAGCGAGGUCGUCGCUUUCCGAUUUGGCAUGCGGACUCGCCUUACCAGCUAUGCGAGGAAUUUAUUGCAGAACUGGAGCAGGCGAGGAAACGCGUCAUGGGUGAUGAGAAGCAUUAUUGCUGCGACCUGGCGGAUAAGGAUGGUGUUGCAGCCUAUGUUGAUGCCAGCAAGGAGGGCGCACCGCUAUACCAGAAACAUGGCUUCGUGGAUUUCAAUGCUCCCGGCUCGGAAGUGGCUGCAAUGGCUCGCCGGAAGGCGGCUCCGAGCGAUCGCACUUGA